GCAAGUAGGUAGCUCCUCUUUCGAUUAAUCCUUUUUAGAAGAAAAGAAAAAUAAUAAUUAUUCUCUUCGUUCUUUCUCGGUCUCCUUGCAAGCUCCGCUUUCGAUUUCAGAUGUCGGCAUACGACAAUGUUAUUGGUGGGAAGCUAAAGCUAAAAGGGAAGGCCUUAGAUGUGAAAGCAGGUGGAGUAAAGAAGAAGAAGAAGAAACAGAAGAAACACGAAGAACAAGCUCUUAAGAUUACUGAACAUGAACUCAUAGAAGGAGAAAACGCAGAAACAUUGGGUAAAUUGAUGGAAGAAGAAGAAGAGGAGGAGGGUAGGAGUGAAAAGGAGGAUGGAAAAGUGCAACCUGAUGAUGAUGAUGAUGAUCUGUUAACGCCAGCAGAAAGAAGGUACAUAGAGCAGAAGCAGAAACUGGAUGUGCAGAAACUAGCCAAGGAAGCGAACAAGUCUCACCGUAACAGGAUUGAGGAUUUCAAUCAGUAUCUGGCUAACAUGAGUGAGCACUACGAUAUCCCUAAAGUCGGACCUGGUUAAAUCUACCUCUUCCUUCUCUCUCUCUGCUUAUUGAUAAAUCUGGCCUUGUUAAACAACUACUGUUGUUGGAUCUCUCUUGUGUUAUUCCCGUAACUUUUUUAUUAUGUGACCUCUGCUCUUUUUAUGACUGACAAAUAUUCGUGGGAUGUUCACUCUUCCUUCUGUAUCUCUCAAUUUCCAGACUUGUUCUAUUA